AUGACCCCCACAGAGCUGGGAAAGAAUUCUAUCCUUCAGGAAGUCGCAGCGGCGCCUGGCGAGAAAACCUCCUCCAGGGGCCAGCCUGUCGGGAUCCCCUUGCUAGAGCAGGAACCCGAGGAGCCGCUGGGUCUGGGCCAGCUGCCCACGGAGCUGCUCGAGAUGGUGCUGAGCCACGUGCCCCCUCACGUGCUGCUCGGGCGCAGCCGCCGGGUGUGCCGGCGCUGGCGCGACCUGGUCGACUGCCAGGCCCUGUGGCUGAGCAUCCUGGCCCGGAAACACGCCGCCCUGUGGCCCAUCGUCAGCACCUGCCUGCCGGCCGCCGACGACCCCAGGCCCUGCGUCCUGGGCCGCUUCUGCGAGCGCAGACCCGUAGGACGCAACCUCCUCCGGAACCCCAGGGGCCUAGAUGGCUCCCAGAAACAGCCUAUGCUGAGCGGUGGGGACGACUGGACAAAGGAGGGAAAAUGUAAGGGCAUGCCUGCCCCUCCUUGUGAUGUCCACUUCCUACCUGCCUACUACCUACCUGGUUACAGGUGGUUUCAAAAGAAGGAAGUGUUGGACCUGGAGGAAGAGGGUUUCUGGCCAGAACUCCUGGACAGUGGAAAGAUUGAGAUCUGUGUCUCUGCCUGCUGGAUGGAACAAAGAGGCACUAACCGUAUACGUAUAUAUCAGCUAAUUGUGCAAAUUCUAGACGUCAACCAGGCUGUCCUGCAUCAUUUCUCUUCGAAUCCUUUUCCCAUCCGGCAGUGGAGGAGAGUCCCCUUUGAGGGCAGCCAUGUGUUCUCCAACCUCAAGAAGGGCGUUCGCUUUGUGUCUUUUGAAAAAUGGGUGUCAAACCUGGAGUUCGGGAACGAGCAAUAUGGAGUCCUUUUUACCAACUCCAGUGUGAUUGUGAGGGUCUGUCUGUCCUAGUCGUGGGCUGUCCUUGCAAAACUACCUGACCGUGCCUUCCAGGAGCUGAGCCCAUUGGCUGGGCCAUCUCAGUAAUCAAGGGCUUGUAGCUCCCUGGCAUCCUGGGAGCUCCUGGGUCCAUUCGAAGUUCCUGCUGGGCCCUGUCUUCAGGUUUUGGAAACUACUAGAAGAAAGUUUCUGCUGCUGUCUAAGGCAGACCUUGUUCUACUGAAUGGAAACCCACAGUUGAGCACAGGGAAAUGCUGGAUCCUGAGAGCUCCACGAUCCCCCAGAGGCCCUGUGGUUCAGCCCCAGUGCCCUCUGCCCUUGUCUCCUCCUGUUUCUGCUGUAGAGGCUAUAUUCGUCCCUUCCAGGAGGCCCUCUUUCACCUCUGAACUAGAAGCUCAUCCUUAUGGCUGGGAAAAUUCCAGCCCCCCUUGGGUGGUGAACUUAACCUCAUGGGGUUUCAAGCAAGACUGGGACCAGUACUCACAGCAGGAAGUCAAACUAGUGCAAAAAAUGUUUGGAGACAGAGGGUUCUGCCCACCCUGUGAACAAUGAAGCGGUUCCCUGAGCCCAACCCUACCCUGAAUUGUAUGGGGUAUAUAAUAAUUUUGUUAUUUUGAAAUGCUUUUUAAACAUGGAGAGAAUAAAUGAGCAAUAUA